GGGCAUCAGUACGCGCUCCGUGCUCAGCCGCAGCAGAUCGUGAAUGUGAACGUGGUCUACGACUUCCACUCCGACUCCGUCGCGUUUCCGUGUCUCCGGUUGCAUUUCCUCUCUCUCUCUCUCUCUCUCUCUACCUCGAGCUAGAUAUAACUAAAAAGCGCACAAAUAUUUGCGCACAACUGUGUGGAGUGAGGCGGAGACGACACUCUGCCGCAGCAACGACUUCCUGUCUGUGCCACUUACGGCUUCUGAAUCCACAACCCACCAGCCCGACCCAUACACGUGCUGCAACGACUGCGGCGUGGAUUUGAGAGCAUAAACUCCGACUCCAACUGCGACUCCGCUUCGAUUCCUGCCUCAAUCAGGGGCCAGCUUCUUCAUUUGUUAUUUUUUGCCAUCGCCAUGCAUUCGCCGGCUGCCAAAGUGUCGGGCUACAUUGUCCUGAUGAUUGUGCAAAUAAUUUUCCUGGUCCUAUUCUGGCUGUUCGUGCGUUACGAGAAGACGGCCAUGCCGCCGGCACUCGGCACUGAAGACGCUGGAUCAGCAAACGAACACGUUUCGAAAUAUCCGCAGUUCCAGGACAUACAGGUGAUGAUCUUCAUUGGCUUUGGCUUCUUGAUGACCUUCCUGCGCAAGUACGGCUACAGCGCCACGGGCUUCACGUUGUUCAUGGCCGCCCUGGUGGUCCAGUGGUCCAUCCUAAUGAAGGGUUUCCUGCACAUGGAGGGCGGCACGAUCAGCCUCUCGCUGGAAAACAUCAUCGAUGCGGACAUUGCCGCCGCCGUGCCCCUAAUUAGCAUGGGCGCCCUGCUGGGCCGCACCACGCCCAUUCAGCUGCUGUGCAUGUCCAUCUUCGAGGUGGCCCUGUUCGCGGCCAACGAGUAUCUGGCCCUGAAUGUCCUCAGCAUCUGCGACUGCGGUGGCUCCAUCACGGUGCACGCCUUUGGCGCCUACUUUGGAUUGGCCGUGGCCCUGAUGCUGCGCCCAGCCAGCGACCAGAACGAGGCGGGCAAGCACGAGGGCGCCAACUACACAUCCGACAUUCUGGCCAUGAUCGGCACCACCUUCCUGUGGGUCUACUGGCCCAGCUUCAACUCGGUACUGGCCGCGGGCACUGGCGCCGAGCGGGCCAUUUUGAACACGUUUCUGUCAUUAGCCGCGGCAACAGUGACCACCUUCGUGGUGUCCGCACUUGUCAGCCAUGAGAAUAAAUUGGAUAUGGUGCACGUGCAGAACUCGACUCUUGCCGGCGGCGUGGCCGUGGGAACCGUGUGCAACCUGCUGCUCGGCGCACACGGCGCUGUCUUAAUUGGCAUUAUCGCCGGCACGGUUUCGGUGCUCGGCUAUCGCUAUUUAACCCCAUGGUUAACUGCGAAUCUGCGGCUACAUGACACCUGUGGCGUUCACAAUUUGCAUGGAAUGCCGGCCCUGAUUUCGGCCAUUGCCUCGGCUAUUUAUGCCUCGAUGGCCACACAGAAUGACUACCAAUCCGAGUUGCAGGAAAUUUUCCCAGCCAUGGUGGGCAACAAUGGCACUGCCACCAAAUUUAUGGGCGGUCUCGGUCGGAAUGCCAGCUCCCAGGCGGGCUAUCAAUUGUUUGGCAUUGCCUUGACGCUGCUCAUUGCCAUAGGCGGUGGAAUACUGGCAGGCACCGUUUUGAAGUACACAAACUUCAGCAACCUGCAGAAGGACGAACAGCACCAGGAUGAGCAGUACUGGGAGGUGCCAGCGCCGGAGAGCAAAGAGGAAUAUGAACUAGAAAAAGUUGAAGAACUUUUGUUGUAAGCGUCCAAAAUGCAUCCAAACGAGCAGCACAGAAGUCCAGAGGAAAGGACAAUGGGAUACGACAAUCCUUUGUUGUCCUUCGCCUGCUUCGCUUAAUUUUUGUAGACAUUUUGUCGCAUUUAAUUAAAAACUCCAACAAUUUACACAUUUAAUUAGCGCAGAGCACAGCCAACGCAACUAACAAAAAAGAAAAAAAAAAAACGAAAAAAAAACGCACAAAAAAAGUUAUUAGCAAUAAAAAUAUUUUAAAUGUGACAUUGCUGCCCUCUCGAACUCCCCGUACACCCGUACUCCCACCCCCUUCCUUCUCUUUUUGCAUUUAUUUCGCAUGCUGAGCGCAAUUUUUAAUGGAAUUAAAAUCAUACACAUAAAAUCCAACAACCAACGAACGAACAAACCCAACAAAUAACAUCCCGACGCUCAACAACAAUGGCGCGUAAAAAGUUUAAAUAUGCUUGGCGAACUUUUGGAUGAUGCCGCCAAUGCCUCUGCCACUGCCACUGCCACUGCCACUGCUGCUGCCGCCCAGACUGCCGCCGCCGCCAACUUUAAUUGGCGACCAUUUCUGCUACGCAACUGGAAUGCAAUUGUCCCCGCCAACAAUUUGUACGUGCGGGGAAAUCUGCACUGAGGAGGCAUCAGCUAUGGCGCCGGCUCAGAGGAGGAGAAGAUGGAGCAGGAGUAGGAAGAGGAUGAGGCCAGUACCAGCACACGCUAAUUAAGUGGCCCAAGACAAAGUGCCAGCUAAUUAGCUGACUUUUGGCCAAGACACCGCCCCUGGUUCCGGUUUCGCACUGCAGUGUCUUUAGUCCCCCACAGCAGGGGCACCCGAUCCGGUCAGCUUUUGGCCAGCUCAGUCGGCGAUUAGUGCACCUGGAACCGAGACAAGAGACCAGAGACAAGAGACAAAAGCAGACCAAGAAUAAUGUCUUUCAAAUGACACUCGCCCGGCGAUAAGCUGGCGGCCAACUACUUAAGGUGGAUUUGCCUCCUCCUCAACCCAAUAAAGAAAAGCCCCAAAGGCAAACAAUUACUUGGAAAA